GGCAGGAACCCAGUAAACUAGCAACUCCUCUUCAGUUCGAUUCUUUUCUCAGGCGGGACGGCGAGACUCCGGAAGCUCCAAGCCCAGCUUGCCAGGCCCUCUACCAGAGGCCUGCCAUGGCACCUCUGAGGCCCUUUCUCAUACUGGCCCUGCUGGCAUGGGUUUCCCUGGCUGACCAAGAGUCGUGCAAGGGCCGCUGCGCUGAGGGCUUCGUGGCCAACAAGAAGUGCCAGUGUGACGAGCUCUGCAGUUACUAUCAGAGCUGCUGCGCUGACUACAUGGCACAGUGCAAGCCCCAAGUGACUCGGGGGGAUGUGUUCACUAUGCCCGAAGAUGAGUACUGGAACUAUGACUACCCGGAGGAGACCAAGAACGACACCAGCACCCGUGUACAAACAGAGAACACUUCUCAACACCCUGACCAACAGCCCCAAACUGAAGGGACUUCGAAGCCGACAUCUUUCCUCAAGCCCGAGGAACAGGCUCCUAUACUGGAGGCAAGCACCUCAGGCCCAGAAGUGGGGUACCAGGAGGUGACCACAAGCCCUGAGACCACUGAUCAAGGGACCUCUGACUCCCCAGAGGAAGAGCUCUGUAGUGGGAAGCCCUUUGACGCCUUCACCGACCUCAAGAACGGUUCCCUCUUUGCCUUCCGAGGGCAGUACUGCUAUGAGCUAGACGAAACAGCAGUGAGGCCUGGGUACCCCAAGCUCAUCCGAGAUGUCUGGGGCAUCGAGGGUCCCAUUGAUGCUGCCUUCACUCGCAUCAACUGUCAGGGGAAGACCUACCUUUUCAAGGGUAGUCAGUACUGGCGCUUUGAGGACGGUAUUUUGGACCCUGGCUAUCCCCAAAACAUCUCUGAAGGCUUCAGCGGCAUACCAGACAAUGUCGACGCGGCUUUCGCCCUUCCUGCCCACAGCUACAGUGGCCAGGAGAGGGUCUACUUCUUCAAGGGGAAGCGGUACUGGGAGUAUGUAUUCCGGCAGCAGCCCAGCCAGGAGGAAUGUGAAGGCAGCUCUCUGUCAGCUGUGUUUGAGCACUUUGCCUUGCUUCAGCGAGACAGCUGGGAGGACAUCUUUGCACUCCUCUUCUGGGGCAGACCCUCUGACGGUGUCAGAGAACCCCAAUUCAUCAGCCGGGACUGGCAUGGUGUGCCAGGAAAAGUGGACGCUGCUAUGGCUGGCCGCAUCUACAUCUCGGGCUCCGCACCCCACUCCCUGCAGGCCAAAAAAAAGAAGUCUAGGCGUCGCAGCCGAAAGCGCUACCGUUCACGCAAGGAGAGUGCCCGCCGCAGCCGCAGCCGCAGCCGCAGCCUGGACUCCCGUCGCUCAUCGCGUUCAAUCUGGUUCUCUUUGUUCUCUAGUGAAGAGAGCGGGCUAGACGCCUACAACUAUGAUUAUGAUAUGAACUGGCUCGUACCUGCCACCUGCGAGCCCAUUCAGAGCAUCUAUUUCUUCUCUGGAGACAAGUACUACCGAGUCAACCUUAGAACGCAGCGAGUGGACUCGGUGAACCCUCCCUACCCACGCUCCAUUGCUCAGUAUUGGCUGGGCUGCCCAGCUCCUGAAAAGUAGGAGUCAGAGCCCACGUAACAGAGGCGGGAGAAACUCAUCCUUCAGCCUUUUCCUCCCAGCCCAAUAAAGUCUGUUGGCCCUGA